AUGGCGGGACCUGUCGACAUCACGCCACCAUCGGCACCUGGCUUAACAAGAUCAGGAAGUACCGGGAUGAGAUCAACACCGUUAACCUUCCUGAACGCCUUCUUUCUCAAAAGCUUCAUUCCUCAGAAGGAGUGGAAGACGAUCCACUUCCACGGCCACGACCUAGCUUCACUCCAGCGGCUGGUAGACCCCGCCAGCCUGCCGCCACGCUAUGGCGGGACCUGUCGACAUCACGUCACCAUCAGCACCUGGCUUAACAAGAUCAGGAAGUACCGGGAUGAGGCGUUCGACCGUGAGAUGAAGGAAUUCGGAUGGGUGAUCAAGGAAUAAUGAAGAUGAUCGAGACCACCAUCCUGAACACUUUUUUCCUCAAGCGCUUGAUUCCUCAGAAGGCCUGGAAGUUGAUCCACUUACUUGGACUGUACCUUUCAAUGAAAUUAUUGUUGUCUUACUUCUAACUUAAAACACAGCUGUGAGAUUUUACAUUACGUGUGGUGGUACUAAUACGAUCUCAUGUUAUUUAGUAGAUACAUAAGUAAGUACAUUGUUGGGGAUUAAAAUACAUAUCCUGUGUCAAUGUGACACUUCGCCGUUCAUUGCCUGUUCAACAAAGAUAAUAUACACCGUGUUUUUAUUGAAUUCCGUUAACUUCGGCACAUAGGUCCAUUAUAGGAAACAGAAUGGCAUAGUUAGUUUUCUUAAAUUCGUAUUUUUUUCUUAAAAAAACCAUACACCUGCGAGAGAUGUUACUUUAAUUGCUGAUUGAGAGACGGGCUUCACAAUUAACUCACACUAAGUGGCAAAACUAUGACAUGUCAAUCGCAUAAUCGAACACACAAAGCCCGUUUCUUAACAGCAAUUGAUGUAACAUCUAUCGCAGGUGUACGGUGUUUUUCAGAAAAAAGUUACGAAUUUAAAAAAUCUGACUAUGUAUUCUGUUUCCUGUAAUAGACCUAA